CAAGAAGUGUGUCUGUGGUUUUUGAGAAAAAUGUGAUGCAAUGGUAGAAAUUUCACUUGAUAGUUGACGUCCUCGAACGUCGUACAGUUUCUCUCAAGCAUCAUCAGGAUCAUAAAUUAUGGUUUUAAAGAGGAUCGUUUGGAAGACUCUUGGAAUAUGUCGUUAUGUUAUCCAGUGUGGCUGUAUUGCACAUUGUACAUUGGAAUAUGUAGCUGACUUUGUCUUUUGUUUUGGGCCCUCAAUGCAACCUACUAUUCUUAGCAAGGAUGUGGUAUUCACAGAACAUCUCUCAACUCGUUUUCAAUGGAUUCAAAAAGGUGACAUUGUGAUUGCUAAGUCACCUACCAACCAUGAAGAGUUUGUUUGUAAAAGAGUAAUAGCUAUGGCUGGAGAUGAAGUAUGUCGAGACCCUACUGCUUGGAGAAAGUCGUAUGAAUAUGUUCCAUUGGGUCAUGUAUGGUUGGAAGGUGAUAAUACUGUAAAUUCCACUGAUUCUAGAAAAUAUGGACCAGUGCCAUAUGCACUUCUACGAGGAAAAGUUUUUUUUAAGAUUUGGCCAUUAAAUGAUUUAGGUUUUCUCAAGUCUUGCCCACAGGAUAUCAGUAAAAAGAUUAGAUGAUGCAGACAUGGUCACUUAGUGAAGGGAACUACAACAUAUAUCAGAUGGAUGUUGUUGUCAUUGCAUGUAGCUAUCGAGAAUCCUGAGAACUAUAGUAGAAAGGGAUCAUUAACAAUCUUUAAAUAAGAACACUGUAUCUUCACAUCUGUCUGAGAGAUACAUAUACAUACUUAAUUUAAGACAUAUGAUGUACACAGGAUGCUGACAAACAUGCAAUAGCCAUUCAUUCAUAGUGUUAUUCAAGAUUUUGUAAUAUUUAAUAAUAUUAUUGCUUAAAAAAUAUUGGAUAGUUAUUCUGCAUACAUGAUAAAUAUUGAUAAUAAAGGAUGCCUUGUUUUUACUGAUGCCAUAU